CUUGGAGUAAAUUCCCUAGAUACAUGGCUCAGGUGUUCAUUCAGUCUCGCUGUUCCCAGGCAACUCUGUGGGUCAGCCAAACAACAUAGAUCGUAUAAAGAGCGCUGGUCGCGAGGUCCAAGCUGGUUCUGUCAGCUCCUCCCCAUCUUCGCGAGUAAGCGAUCUUCUGCCUGCGACCUUUUCCUAUGGACUUGGAUCUCAUCUUAUAGCAUAUAAUUGCUCUGCCAACCCCAAAGACAGGCUCGCUCACAAUGCAGUUCUACCCAAGCACACUUCGCGACUCGCCCGUUGGACAGGUGGUCAACCGCAUUUCGCAUGGACGAUACCUUCCGUACUUGGACCAGCAAGUAGGUUUCCAGCUGCCAAGAGAAUGGUCUGACGCACUCCAAGCUCGGCAAUGUAGGUUUGGCACAAGCUCUUCCUCGAGUGCGGGAACCUUGGAAGAACGGCCGACUUCGACGUGCCCAACCCUCUUCGGCGACUCGGAGAACAAGUCUUCGAAGCCGCAAACCCCGAGCGAAUCACCGUUGGCAACUCGUCGACAAAGUCUCGCUGUUCCACCCUCGGCUGCUACCACCACCCCUUCCAUGGCCCGCCAAUCAAGCGAUGUGGAAGCGGAUCCAGAAAAGCAGAGCCAAGCGUUGCGCGAAGCCAUUCGUCCUCCUCAUCUGCCAAUCAAGCUGCACGAAGCGUCGGCUGCGAACAAGGACGUUGUCAUCGUCGGCUGGUAUGAUGCAGACGAUCCUGAAAACCCGCAGAAUUGGCCGCUUCGUCGCAAAGUCCUGACUACCGUCCUCAUCAGCGCUUUGACAUUCAGCGUGUACAUGGGCGCCGCGAUAUAUACACCAAGUAUACCCGGUAUCAUGGCGGAGUUCGAUGUCUCGCAACGUAAAGCAGCCUUGGGGCUGUCACUCUACAUAGCCGCGAUCGGUCUCGGCCCGCUCGUCCUGUCGCCUCUGAGCGAAAUCCCAGCGAUCGGUCGCAACAAGGUCUACUUCGUCUCGCUUUUCCUCUUCGUUGUCUUCAGCAUCCCGGGUGCUCUGGCAAACAACUGGAACACACUCAUGGCCAUGCGCUUCUUCCAGGGCUUCUUUGCGAGCCCUGCACUUUCGACUGGCGGUGCUACACUGGGCGAGAUCUGGUCGCCGCAAGUCAUUGCGUACUUCAUCGCCACCUGGGCCGUCGGUGCAGUGUGCGGCCCCGUCAUGGGCCCCAUCAUUAGCGGCUUCGCAGCGAUGAACUCCUCCUGGCGCUGGUCGAUGCGUCUCCUGCUCACAGUCGCCGGUGUAGCACUCAUCGGCCUGUCCUUUAGCUUACCCGAGACCUACCCUGGCACGAUCCUACUUGAGCGAGCCAGACGGCUUCGCAAGCUCACCGGCGAUGACCGCCUAAGAAGCCAGAGUGAGCUGGACCAGGCUGCAAUCAAGCCUGCAGAGCUUGUCAAGACAGCACUUAUCAGGCCGCUCGUACUCUCAAAGGAGCCGGCACUCCUGUUCGGCAACAUCUAUCUCGGCCUUUCCUACGGCAUCUUUUACCUAUUUUUCGAAAGCUUCCCGCUCGUAUUUGCCAAGUACAACUUCAACCUCGGCGAGAGCUCGCUACCUUUCUUGGCCGUUCUGGCCGGCGCCAUCCUCACCCUGCCACCAUACCUCGCCUACCUGCGUUACGUUGUCGAGCCACGGUUCCGACGUGACGGGAAGAUCGUCCCCGAAUCGCGACUGGAAGUCGCACUCGUCGCAGCGGUCUUCAUCCCGACAGCGCAGCUGGUCUGGGGUUGGAGCGCCAAUCGAACGCACUGGAUCGUCCCGCUCAUCGGCGCAGCGCUUUACAUUCCCGGGCUGUUCCUCCUAUUCCAGGGGUUGCUGUCGUACCAGCCCAUGUCCUAUCCUACCGUCGCGGCAUCUGUCAUGGCGGCAAAUGCGUUCGCACGGUCCUCUAUCGCGUCCGCCUUCCCGCUCUUCGGCGACCUGUACUACCAACGCCUUGGCGUCGACAUUGGGUCGACCAUCCUGGCAGCCAUCACGAUCGUCAUGAUUCCGUUCCUUUACCUGCUCAAGCGAUACGGACAUGUCCUCCGCGCAAAGUCCAAGCAUGCCACGGCUUAGGCGGCACGCCACCCCUUCUGCCACGUAUACCAUAGUCUCGCUGUUUCAAUACACCGUCCAUUUCAAGUAUCACCCUUCUGCAGGGUUUGCACAUGUAGCAUUCCAAUCUAGGCACAGUAAAUAGAGAUCGAAUUCAAGUAAAAUG